AUGCCUGCCGUCAACAUUUCGAUGCUUGCCAACGGUGAGAAGUCUGUCGGGACCAAGACCAAGGGAAAACAUGCCAUGGUGAGCACUGAUUGGCGCAAGGAUGCCUCUUCUGUCUCUGUCCUGGGCGACGACACCCACAAUACCAUCGUCCCCGCCCACGAGGCGGCCAAGCUUUCCGACAAUGCUCUCGUCAUCGAGACUGGUGUGCCCGUCUCUUCCAUUGAUUAUCGCCGCCCUAACAAGGAUAUGACUCCUUGGGGUGCUGUCAGCUCCGCUCCUCCUGCCAAGACCGAGUUCUCCACGGAGGAGACCACCGACAUCACCCAGAUCAGGGUCAAUGGCCUCAGCCCCAUUGUCGUCGUUGAUCACGAUGGCCGCGAGAUCACUCUGCCCACCGCCUUUGCUCUGGAUGUCACGCCCAUCGAGAGGGCCUACAUCUCCUCGGGCUCCUCGUCCCCGCUCUCGCUCGGCGAGUUGAAGGUCGCGAAGAACCCGCACCGCCUCCGCCGCUCGUCCCAGGACACGGACAUCGAGGACACUCGUCGUGUCCUUAACAUCCGAGACAUCCGCCGCUCCAUCAGCACUUCCCCGGAGUAUCUGGCCAAGAAUGCCGGCACUCGAUACGAUCGAAUGAUCAAGGAGAAGCAUGCGGCCGCCCUUAUGGAGGAAGAUCCGGCUAUCGACCGAAUCGGCGGAGUCGAGGCAGAAUCCCCCCAUCGUGCCCGCAAGGUCGACCAAGCCGCUAGGGAUCGAUUUAGACUGAUGCUGGAACGACUGAACCAACUCGCCUCGGCCACCUCUUCCGAUCUCACCAAGGGCCACAACGAGGACAAGAGCCCGGUCACCACCCUCUUGGCCAACGACCCGGCCAUCAUCGCCAUCCGAGCCAAGGACUCCGACCUUGCCUCUAAUGUUGCCGAAAACGGUGAGGAGGUUGACGCCAUGUACCAACAGCAGGUUGGAUGGCAGCACGCCAUCGGCGCCAGGGUCUCGGGAGAUUCGGGAUAUGUCUCUACUGAAGGCACGCACAAGAGGCACGACAGCUCUGGGGAUGAGAAAUCGCCCAACUCGAAGCGCGACUCGGGCAUCGCGAGCGAGAGCCCUUCGAAGAAACUUAACCCCUUGGCCGCCGAGUUCAAGACGGUGGACAAGGCUGGCCUCGCGCGCCUCGGCAUGGACAAGUUCGACCCUUGUGUCCCUCCCCCUUCCUUUGGCCCCGUCCCUGAGCUCUCUCCGCCCUUCAGCAACUGUGGCCCCACCAACGGCCCUGGCCACUUUGCCCUUGCUCCUCCUCCCGGCCUUGUCCCUCCUCCCGGCCUGGGUCCCAUGAUGCCUCCCAUGGCUCCUUCACCACCCGUGGCGCACAUGAACAACUUCCACGCCCCGGUAGCUCCGCCAAUGCCAUUCAACAACUUCGGCAUGUUUCCUCCUGGCCCAAUGGGACCUAUCGCCUCCCCGCCCAUGUUCAACGGCAAUCCUUUCAACGCCAACCCUCGGAGAUGCCCUCCUAUGCCCUUCAUGCCGCAGCCCCAGGCACUCCCCAUCGGCCCUCCUCCAGGAUUCAACAAGCCCAACAUGCCCAUCGCGCCUCCUUUGGGCUUCAACAUGGCCCCCCAGCUUCCCCCAGUCGUCCCACACUACCCCCCCGCGGCCAUGGGCCCUGCGCCUCCCAUGAUGCAACCUCCGAUGUUCCCGGCCCCCGCACCCAUGGGUAUCGCCACCCCACCCAUCCCACUAGCCCCCGCCGUGUUCCCCGUCACCAAGAAGCCGCGCGGCCACGACCCAAUCAAGCAGCAGCAGUACGAGGCGUACCUGGAGUACCGCAAGGCGUUCGAGCCGGGUUACCAUUUCGCGGCGCGAGCGCGGCAGGCGAACCGGUACGCGCGCCAGCAGGGCCACCAGCGGCACCAGGCCGGCGCCUAG